AUAAUUUCAGAAUGGUUUCAUGAUAUGAGCUACAAUAGGAUUCUCUAUGAGGAAUUGAUGAGAAGGACUGAUGUUUGGGGAGCACAUGAUGAAACUAAAUAUCAAAAAUAUAUUGAAUUUUCUUAACAAUGAUACACAUGUUGAUAAAAGAGGAUACUUACUAAAGAAAGGAGAGGUGAACAAAGGUUGGCAGAGGAGAUGGUUCAUGCUGAAAGGGAACAUGUUGUUCUACUACCACAACCCCCACGACACAGAACCAAUUGGUCUCAUCGUCCUAGAGGGCUGCUCGAUAAACUCAUGCUCCACUGACAAUAAAACUUUUUCCAUAACCUUCCAGUGCGAGGGAUCUCGGACCUACAAUCUGUGUGCGGAUGAUGAAGAGUCCUGUACAGCUUGGAUCAACUCCCUACAGCGGUCCAGCUAUAGUUAUUUGAGGGCACAAGUUGAUCGCAUGCAUGAACAGGUUCAGGCCCUGGAGAGGAAGAAAGAUAUGUACGUGGAUCACAUAGCAAGACGAAACGAAGAGGACGAGUCGUCGUCCUUGUCUCCUCACCAAUCUCGAGCUUCAAGUGCGUCUGGUAUUGAAACUGACAGUCUCAAACCUCAAAAAAUUAAAACUGGUCUUCGAGCUUUCAGUUCUCCGCUCGGACUACGAAAGAAGGCUAACACUCACACCAUGGAGCAUAAAAGAUCCCCAGGUAAGCACCGCAAACACAAGGAAACAGCGACCCACAGCGCCACCUCCGCACCUUGCCGGACCUUCGAACAGAUGCACGCAGACUUCGCGCCCGGAAAGCCCAUCAUCAGCGACCCUGGGGAACCCAUUAGAUACAACACCCUCCACAUAAACAAUCUCACCAUCAGCCAAUAGGAGCUUUAGAGCUGGAGCUCUGUUUACUUCAGAUAGUAUCUAGCCUGAGUUGUUCAGUUCAAAUUGGGAACAAGCCAAUCUGGGCGAAAAAGAUGUAGACACGUGACACGUCAAUUAUUCCUGUUAAACCGGACCAUCCUAUGUUUCCCUUCAUGGUUAAAUACCUUUAAAUAGCUAUAAAUACCUUGAGGUGUGACGUAAUAUCUUAAUCGCCCCACUUAGCUCAGUAGUGUACGAGGAUUUUACCGCUUUGAGUUUAAAUAACCGCAUUACUUGCUCAAUGAUUUUACCGCUGUCUCAUAAAUCAGGGUUAGGUUUUACCCUGGCGUGUGCGCAUGAUUAGGGUUAAGCUUACUUUUUGACUUUUAGCUGUGAUUUGAUAGUUAUGUCAGCAGGGUUACCUCCAUGUUAAUAUUGUAAGAUACCUAAUUUACUUUAAGUUGAUGUUCGUAAAUAUGGCUUUUAAUCUGAUUUCAAUCAGUUACGAACUUAGUACAUAAUUUCAUUUAAUAAUAUUAGCGUUUUACUUACUUAUUCGGUUAUUUCUUACGGUUUUUACUUCAAGCUGGAUUGAACGCCACCCUUUAUUAUGAUUAUUUAUGAUUAUUAUGAUUAAAUUUACGGUGGCUAGUAUCGGAAGGAUUGCAUUUUGCAAGAUUUAAUAUAGAUUAUACAUGUAUUGUUUUUAAACAAUAGUCACUAGUUGAUCUCUAACGAUGAAUUAACAUGGGGUAUCGUUUGUCAUAAAUUCUGUUUAUGUUUGUUUUGUAAUUGUUCAUCUGGUUUUGAUAUUAUCCGUUGAUAUACCUGUACGAUAUACUGUACACUGAUUGUCAAAAAUUUAGCUGUUUAUAUGAUUUUGUUUUUUCUUCAA